AUGGACGGAAACAAGGACGAGGCCCAGCGGUGCAUCGACCUCGCGGUCCAAGCGCUCACCGCGGGCAAAAUCGAAAAGGCCGAGAAGUUCCUCCUCAAGGCGGAGAGGCUCUUUCCCACGGAGAAUGCCAAAAGGCUGCUUGCCCAGGUGAAGAGCACUUCGAGCAACGGAAGCAAUGGCAAAUCCCGUACAGCGGCUGCCAGCGAUGAGAAGGACAGCGGGCCGAGGAAACGUGUGAACUCUGAUUCCCGCUCCAGUGCCCCAGAUUACACCAAUGAUCAGUUGGAGGCUGUGCGAAAGAUCAAAACCUGUAAGGACUACUACGAAGUGCUGGGCGUGAGCAAGACGGCCACUGACUCGGAGAUCAAAAAGGCCUACAAGAAGCUGGCUCUGCAAUUGCAUCCCGACAAGAAUAAGGCUCCUGGGUCGGUGGAGGCUUUCAAAGCUCUCGGCAAUGCUGCUGGCGUACUUACGGAUGCCGAAAAGCGCAAGAACUACGACCUGUAUGGCAUCAAUGAGUCGCACAAUGGUCACGGAAACAAUGGUGGCGGACACCAUGGACACGGUCAGUACUACAACAACGAGUAUGGAUAUUCGCGCGGAUUCCAGGCUGACAUCAGUGCCGAGGAGCUGUUCAAUAUGUUCUUCAACGGCGGAUUCCCACAGCAGAAUGUCUACAUGCGGCAGCAGCGACGUCGUCAGCAGGCUCGCGAGGAUCGAGAAGGUAACAACUCUUCGGCCUUGGUCAACUUGCUGCCCAUCUUGCUGCUCAUUGGACUCUCCAUGAUGUCGUCCUUCUUCAUCUCGGACCCAAUGUACAGCUUGACGCCCUCUCAUAAAUAUUCGGUGACGCGUCAGACAAACUCCCUGAAGGUACCAUACUACGUAAAGGACAACUUCUACUCAGAAUACCAGGGAUCCGUAGCCCGAUUAGAGGAAUCCGUGGAAGAGGACUUUGUGAAUCAUCUAAAACACUCCUGCAGUCGAGAGCGGAAUUAUCGCGACUCAAUGCUGGCCAAGGCGCGUACCUUUGGCGAUCGGGACCUGUACAGAAAGGCGCAGAACAUCAACACGCCGUCGUGCGAUAAUCUGCAAAAGUAUUUAAUCACAUAAAUUAGUUAAUGCUAUCACACGAAAAGCUAAUUCUCAAAUCCACCAUUUUAAACCUUAACUGGGUUGUAGUUACUACAUACUUUGCUUUAGUUGUUAUAAAUGAAUUUCAUUGUCUAUUUUGUUUCAUAA